CAACCCGCAAGCUAAUUCGACCAGCAGUUACUGCAACUUCAUUCGUAUCAUCAUCAGCCAUAGGUGCCUCAGUAUCAACCCGUGCCAUGUCCGACAGCACCGUACCCGUUCAAAAGUCAGAGGAGGAGUGGAGGGCUAUCCUCAACCCAGAGCAGUUCCGAAUCUUGAGACAAAAGGGAACAGAAAGACCCGGAACUGGUGAAUAUGAACACACCAAAGACACAGGAAUAAUUAAUUUAAAUGUGGUUCUGCUUAGGGUGCAACGCUCCUCUCUACCAAUCUACUACGAAAUUCUCAAGUGGAUGCGG